UAAUCUCGGGUAGCAUGCUCCUAGGGUUAGGAUUGCGCAGGUUCUGCUUCCCUGCCAGCCGUUGGCGUGCUCCCGUUUCCCAAGUUUCCCCUUUUUCCGUGUGCAGAGCUUUAUGCCUUUUCCCCGCUAGCCCUUUCUGCGGCCCUAGAUAUUACCAGGUGAUAACGCUGUAGCGCUUUCUGCGGUCCUAGAUAUUACCGGGUGAUAACGCUGUAGCCCUUUCUGCGGUCCUAGAUAUUACCGGGUGAUAACGCUGUAGCGCUUUCUGCGGUCCUAGAUAUUACCGGGUGAUAACGCUGUAGCGCUUUCUGCGGUCCUGGUUGGUUAAUUAGUUCUUCGUCAUGGCUCCGCAGCAUCGCGCGACGCGGAAGCUUCGCGACGCCUUAUCGGCGCGCAUUGAGGCGUACGAGGCGGCUCAGAUGGGUCGUCAGGCCGACAUGGCUCGGCGCGCUGCCAUGGAGCAGAGAGCUGCCAAGGACGGCCGGCUAGCCGGCAGCAUUGAUGGUGAAAGCGGACGCCCGGGCGACUGCAGCGAAAAUAGCAGCGAGUGUAGUAACCGCAUUAAGGAAAGGGUCUCACAUGCACGGAAGAUUGACGAAAUCCUGCCGUCCGUUCCCGAAGACGCGCCAAUCUCACCGUCCGAUUCGGACGACUCUUCAGCAUCGCGUCAGGAGAGGCAGCUCCCCCCGUUUCAAGGACUCCGACGACGGCCUGUGGGAUCCACCGCUAGUAGCACAUCCCGCAUUGUGGCAUUUGACCAUGCGUCUAGCACUGACCAAGCCUCUCCGUCUUCCUCCUCCACCUCCUCCUCCUCCCCUUUCUACCAAGGCGUGUCGCUCUGGGCGCGGAAGUGGGCGCAGAUAUCGGCGCGCUUGGCGUGGCUGCUGUUCUGCCUCGUCUCGCACGCGGGCCACGUGGCAAACGACUUCACCCUCCUCCUAGGUUUUUUCCUCACCGGGCAGGUGCUAACGCUGCCCGGCGCCGGGGCCUCCACGUCGCAGCACCUCCACCUGCCCGUGUUCGGUGCGACGAACGUGCACAUCGGGCCGGCGAAGGGUAACACGUCGGCGAAGUUUAUUCGCCCGGGCGUGAAGGGCGGCAUCAGCAUCAGCCGCAUGUGCAAGAACUGCGCUUCGUUCGUCAUGUAUUCUGGAUGGAACAUGCCCGGAUCGCUGGUGACGUGGCAGAUGCUGCUGGACGUCGUCACUGCUGUCGCGUUAUUGUCCAUCCCGAUACAGCUCUACGUCUUCGUCAAGAGCUCCAAGAAGUUCCCCUACCAUCUGCUCAUCUUGCAGUUCGGCGCGUUUGUUACCACCACGGGCCUCACCCACCUGCUGGAGCUGUUCUCCUACGGCCACCUCCCUCGCUUCCUGCUGCUGGGCAUCACGGCGUGCAAGCUGCUGUCGGCGCUCAUCAGCUGCUGCACCGUGCUGCAGUUUGGCAUGGAGCUCAGCGACCUCGCCAUGGUGCACGAGCGGACCGUGCAGCUCAAGAGCAAGACGGAGGAGAGCAACAAGGAAGUAACCAGGUUGAUGGAAGCCCACGAGGUGGAGCAGCAGCUGCGGCUGAUCGGCCAGCGCAUCCGCAGCACGCUGGACCGCGGGGUCAUCAUCAGCACCGCGCUGCUGGAGCUCCGGGAUCUCCUCGGCCUUGAAAAUGCCGCGCUCUGGCUGCCCGCGCCCAACGGCCGGUCGCUGGAGCUGACCAACGAGUGCGAGCACAGGGUUAACCCCAUGCUCACGUUGAUUCCGCUCAAGGACAAGGUCGUCACGCAGGUGAUCGCCAACCGCUCUGCCAUGGUCAUCCCGUCCUCCUGCCAGCUCGUGGAAUGCUCUGCUUUGCCGCCCCCCCUAGGCUCGGGCCGAACCUCUGAGGGAGGUGCAGCAGCCGUUCCGGUAACCCUGGCAGACCCACAGACCCCAGGGGCGAGGAGCCCCAAGGACUGGGCGGUGGAGUAUGGCAUGCUCGUGCUGCUGCUGCCGGGGGAAACUGUGGAGAAGGGGAAGGGCGGUGUGGGCGGAGGCGGAGGCGGAGGGGGAGAGGGCGGGAUGAAGAAGUUUCGGCAGGAGGUGUUGGAUAAGGUCGAUACUGUGGCGGAACAGUUAGCGGUGGCUCUGCGCCAUGCAGGUGUGUUGGAGGCGAGUCGCCAGGCGCACGAGGUGCUGCUGGAGGAGGGCGAGCAGCUCAAGCAGGCCAAUCUGGAGGGCAAGUCCGCUGUCAAGGCCCGAGACAACUUCCUGCAGGUGAUGAAUGCGAAGAUGCGCACGCCCAUGCACUCCAUCACCGCCCUCUCCUCCCUCCUCGCCGAGUCGGACCUCAAUGACGAGCAGCGCUCCAUGGCCGAGACCGUCGCUUUCUCGUCCACCCUGCUGGCGUCCCUGCUGUACGACAUUCUGGAGUUCUGGCGCCUGGAGGAGGACAACAUGAAGCUUGUGCUGGGGCCCGAGCAGUUCGAGCUGCCCGCCCUCGUCACCGAGGCAGAGACCCUGUCGUCCCCCAUUGCCAAGGACAAGGGUAUCAUGCUGACCUUUAAGGCGGACCCGAACCUGCCGGAGAGCGUGGUUGGGGAUGGGAAUCGGCUGCUGCAGGUGCUGCUCAAUGUGAUCAACAAUGCCAUAAAGUACACCAACACGGGCACCAUAACCGUGAUGGUGGCCCCUGAGCGCAUGGAGUGGUCGCGCGACGGGUUUGUGCUCAAGGCGGAGGCGGGGCACACGUUCAUCCGCUUCGAGGUGAAGGACUCGGGUGUGGACCUCAACGCUGCCGACAUCCCGAAGCUGUUUGACAAGUUCCAGGAGGACGAGACCAAGGGCAGCCGCACGGGGCUCGGUUUAGCGCUUUCAAGGAAGUUCGUGCAGCUGAUGAACGGGCACAUAUGGAUGGAGAGCAACGGGCGGGGCAAGGGCGCGACGUGCAAGUUCCUAGCGAUGCUGAAGCUCGACACGGAGGGCAGCGAAGGCAGCGAUGAGGACCAGGACGAGGGGCCUGAUGUCAACUUCUUCGCACUCAGGAUCAUGGUGGUGGACGACAACAUGGUGAAUCGCCUCGUGACGAAGCGGCUGCUGGACCGCAUUGGGAUCUCGACACGUGUGGUUGAGUCGGGCAAGGAGUGCCUGCGCAUUCUGGCGGAGGAGCAGGACGAAGAGAAGUACGACGUGCUGCUGCUGGACCUCAUGAUGCCCGAGAUGGAUGGGUACACGGUGGCGAACAAGAUCCGCACGGAGCUGAAGCCGGAGCUGCGGCCGAUGAUAGUGGCGCUGACGGCGAACGCGGACGAGACGACCAAGGACCAGUGCCUGCGGCACGGCAUGGCGGGCAUGAUCACCAAACCCAUCUCGCUCAACGCGCUCAGGGACGUGCUCGGGAAGAUGCUCGACCAAAACGCACGCAACAACUGAGGGCAGGGGGGAGGGGGGAGAGCCAGGGGGGAGGGGGGGAGGGGGGGGAGGGGGGAGAGUACACUCGCAAGGGGUUAAUGAUGUGGGUUGCUCUUAGGUGCAGGGCUGACGUUUCAAAAAAACCCCCCCUGACCUGUCGACUAAAAAAAAAAAAUUACCCUGAGGGGUCUGUUUUUAAGAAAUGCCUACCCUGAAUUGUCAGUGCUAAAAAAUAUGAAACCCUGAA